GGGCUUUUAGUUGAAACAAGGAAAACGAGAAAAAGGAGACUCAUCACGUAUAAAUCGGGCCGUGUUUGAUGAGAUUUUAGACGAUCAGGUUGCGUAUAGAGCAGACGAAGAAGGUGGUCGACCAGCAGUUAAAGAUAUGAAUGGAAAAGCAAAGAAGGGAAACGAGUGGACCAGGGAAUAGCAGAGCAGUGCCCCAAAGAGAGACGGAAAAGAAAGAAAAGUUGUCCGAGAGUUUUUUUUCUUUUCGCUCUGCCUCGCUUCCGAGAUUUGGAUCGUUUCAUUCGUUGGCCGUUUGCUUUUUCGUCUUCGUUUUCUCCGCCGAAGAGUAGUGCACUGACAGAAGUGUGCAGGUGAAAUUGUGCGCAUUAUUUGAUGUGGCCUCAGUACAACCGACGGUCAAAUCUUACAUUUGACAUAAAUGAAUAACUUAAAAUUUAUUAGGAGCGGAGCAGUGAGACAUAACAGUUGAUACUGCCGCUAAUUGGUUUCGUACAUUUCACUUUCUCGCUGCUGCUGUAAAGCUGCCGAAUUGAUUGUGCACUCGGCAACAAUCUUCUUAAACUGUACAUAACGCAAUAGUUGUUAUGAUGGUCACUUUUUUCAUUUAGAUUGAUAUUAUUUGAGUAUUGAAGAUAUUUCAGCACAUCGGUAUUUUCUUCUGCGAUUCUUCUGAAGUAUAUUGAGUACUUUUUUAUGUAAAUUUCGAAGUUAUUGUUUCUGUUAUUCAGUCACGAAUAACAAUUUAAGAAGUGCUAAUUUUCAAGUAGCUUAAAAUGUAACUGUUCGAGUUGUUUUCGAUAAGGUGCUACCGAAAAGAUCUCAAACCAGCGCAACUUUGCCUAAUUAAAUGGAAAUUGAUCGAGCUCGUGCGUAACGGCAGAGUUUCACUUUCAUAAAUAAAAUCCAUGCAAAUUUAUUUCAGUGUACAACACGCCAGUGUUGAUACUCGUUUCGGUCCUACAGCACACGAACACUAGCUCAAAAUGGUCGAAAACAGUUGGCCCUGCAGCAGUAUGCAUUUCAUUGAGCUAAAAAAUCAUUAGUAGUGGUGAGACUAGCGCAACACUUUGCUGGCUCUAAUAUUUUUUUUUGUGUCGAAUGAUGGAUCGCGGAUGGAUGGCUCCCUGAUGUAUCUGCUGUAGGCGAGUGGCUGACGUUUCUUUUCCUAUUGUGGUCAUCGUCCAACAUGAACUCGAACUCUCGACUCUACCCGAAUUGUGUGUGAUGUGCCUAUUUACUUGAUGAAUUUGAAAGAAAAGUGAGGCUGAUCGGCAAAAUUUCGAUUUUCCAUUACAGGAAAAAUUGCUCCCCGUUGUGUGCUCCGAGGCUACUGGCAGCUCGCCUCAAUACAGCUGCUGUGUGUGAUGUGUUAAAAUGAAGCAUAGUUUUUGCAUGAUGGUGACGAUAGUCUGGACGGAAAUGGCUGCAAGAAGUUGUCUUUGUUUUGAAAAUCUUAACUGAGUGAAGGCAGUCGAAACUGCCAUCAAUUUGCAAAGUAUCCGGAAUCAAAAACUAGAAGCCGGGUUUGAUGAAAUCCAUGUUUCUACAUUUAGUUUCUCGAUUGGAUCUAUCCGAAUACAAAACGCACGACCGAAACCGAAUGGAAAUUUAGUCGUACAGCAGAAAACGUGGAGAGAAUAUGGAAAACAAUAUACGGAGACAGAGAAAACAGGCAAAGACGACGGCUUCAAAAAUAAAUGCAGUGAAAAUAAGUUUCUUAUGAGAAAAAGGAUUUCUACUGUGACUAUAAUUGAUGUUGGAUGGCGAAACAUGCCAAGGCUGGCCAUGUACUGAACAACAUAAUUAGAAUAGCGAGAUGUUUACUUUCACAACUUCGAGCAACUGAAUAGAGGCAAAAAGUAACCUACACACGCCCAAUUGAACUGAAUCGGAUCGGUGGUAAGCCAACGCAUAGGAAGAAUACGAUUGCUCGUAAUUCGUACUCAGCUAAUACAUGCAGUUGCUUACGAGUCGGCAAGCGCUUGACCCUAAUGCGUUCCGGCAACACAAAAGCUUAAAUUGAUAAUAUCCAAAUACUGGCAAGGAUAACGCUACUUAACUAAACAACCGUACGAAAAAGGAUCCCAUGUGAUAUCUAGCUUGUAAGGCACGCGUAUCAUCAAUACAUCUGAAUGGGAACAGCGUAGAGAGCAAAAAGGUGUCCGAGAGCGCUCAAUUACAACCAGCACUAAGCAUAACGAACGAACUCAUUAUGACUAGUAUAACGUUUAAAACUACCACAACGACCGGAGGCGAUGCGAACGGUUGUAUCGCGGCAGCGGCAUCGUCUUCCUCAUCAGCGGUGGCUGCUGUAUCGCUCAUGUCGGACAAAUCGAUCACGAUGACUCCCUCGCAACUAGCUUCGGCUACGACGGCAGCGGCGGUGGCCGCCUCGAAUCUACUCUCGACGGCAGCCGUCAACAAUCCGUCGAGUGCGUUAUUUGCAGCCGCCGCGGCUGCGGCAGCUCAGCACCAACAACAGAACAACAACUAUCAGAGCAAUAGCAGUAGUAGUAUCCUAUACAAUAACGAUAACAAAGUGCAGAGUAGUGACAAGCUCAGUAGCAGUAGUAGCAGCGGUGUUGGAAGCGGUGCCAGUGUUACGGGGGAAGAUUACGAAAGGGUCAAACACAAGACACCCCAGGAGGUGAUGAUGCUGUACAUGGAUAAACUGACCCAAUACGAACAUCACGAAAUUUAUCAGUACCCGAAAAUUUACUUCAUCGGAGCGAAUGCAAAGAAGCGAAGGGGGAUCAGUAAUUCCGAUUACGAUAAUGAGCAGGGUUCGUACAUUCACAUCGCCCAUGAUCACAUCGCGUACAGAUAUGAGGUAUUGAAAAUUAUCGGCAAAGGUAGCUUUGGCCAGGUGGUGAAAGCCUACGAUCACAAAAAUCAUCAGCAUGUGGCUCUGAAAAUGGUACGAAAUGAAAAGCGAUUCCAUCGGCAAGCCCAGGAAGAGAUUCGCAUUCUGAAGCAUCUACGGUCGCAGGAUAGGAUGAAUUCCAUGAACAUUAUUCAUAUGUACGACUAUUUCGUAUUUCGUAAUCACAUGUGUAUUACGUUCGAGCUGCUGUACAUCAACCUGUACGAGCUGAUAAAGAAAAACAAAUUCCAAGGGUUCAGCAUCCAGUUGGUUCGAAAAUUUGCUCAUUCCCUGCUGAAGUGUUUGGAUGCACUCUAUAAGAAUAAGAUAAUACAUUGUGAUAUGAAACCGGAAAACGUGCUGCUGAAGCAGCAAGGCCGUUCCGGUAUCAAAGUAAUCGAUUUCGGCUCGUCUUGUUUCGAGCAUCAACGGGUUUACACCUACAUUCAGUCGAGGUUUUACCGAGCGCCGGAGGUGAUUCUGGGGGCCAAAUAUGACAUGGCUAUCGACAUGUGGUCAUUGGGAUGUAUCCUAGCAGAGUUGUCGACCGGAUUUGCUCUUCUUCCGGGAGAGGACGAAGCAGAUCAGCUAGCUUGUAUUAUCGAACUAAUUGGCAUGCCGCCGAAGAAAAUGCUUGAAAAUUCAAAACGAGCGAAAAACUUCAUUUCGGCGAAAGGCUAUCCCCGGUAUUGUAACGUGAAAACGUUGGAAGAUGGUACGACAAUGCUGACGGGUGGUUUCUCGCGAAGAGGAAAACUAAGAGGACCCCCCGGAUCUCGUAAUUUGGUGAAGGCACUUAACAAUUGUGAGGAUCCUCUGUUUCUUAACUUCAUCGAACGUUGUUUACGGUGGGAUCCGGCGUUGAGAAUGACACCAGAAACGGCAUUGAAUCACUUCUGGUUUCGACGAUUGUUGCCACCUUCACCGAAUGUGGCGACCAUCACAACCACGAAUAGCCCUUCCACCUCUAGCAACUGUCAGAAUAGCCAUAUAAACAAGGUGCUGAAUAUGGCGUAUGCAUACGCGGACCAACAGGCGUCUUCGCUAGUGACUACUUCCACCUGCAACUCACUGGUGGCAUCACAUCAUGGCAACUCCAGUUCGCUACAAUCACUGCAAUCAGCAUCUCUGACAUCGUCGGCGAUCAGUAUUCCAGCCGUUAGCGGGAGUGUUGGGGCCAUCGGUGGAAUCGGUAUCAUGGGUGGUGGAGGAACACUCGGACGAUCGGCUGCCACUACCAUCAUCGAUAUUCCCUACAAUCCAAACGACAAGAAAAGACUACUGAACAGCUCUCCGCAGGCGGCGUCUUCGCUUACCUCCAAUACUGGGCUGGCAACCACUUCCUUUGUAGAUUAUGUGGUCGUCAUCGAGUGAGUGGAGCAACCUAAGUUUCGGUACGUCUGUUUCUCACGACAGAGUACACCUACAGUCAUUCAAAAAAAAAAAGUUCUCUCGUGGUGCAUCAAGAGCCGAAGAAUUGAGAUUGUCUGUCGACACACAGGAAGAAUCAAAAUGGCAAGUGCAAAAAAAAAACAAAAGUUAGUAGAUUGAUCAAUGUUUUGGUACAAGUAGGGAACGGAAACGGAUAUAUAUGUUAUAAUAGAACCAUAAGACAUAUUUGUAAUGUGGCUUAGAUUCGGUAGCAUCCCCAAGGUGGCAACGAGAUCGGAUGGCUUGAAUAACGCUCGAGCGACAAAUUAAUAUAACUAAUCAUAAUUAGAGCUAAGAAAGUAAGCAAAAAGGCGAAAACACUCAUUAACUGAUAGGGUUUGUAGUAGCAAUUACAAGUAAAUAAAUUUAUGCUAUGAGGAUAAAUUAUAAUUUAACUACCCUUAGGAAGUAGGUAAAUAAUUAGCAAAAUAUGAGAAGUGAUGAGACGGCGUUAGAAAUUUGCUGUUUUAAGGCAGUACAUUUAUGCAUGAUUGACGACAAACAAAAUUACAAACGAAACCAUCGGUUCUAGUUGGAUUUUACUAUUGAGUCAUUGUAGCAAAAUGGACUUAUAUAAAGUACUCAGAAGUCUAAAAUUUAUAUCAUUGUUAAAAAAAUGACAAAAUUGUUUUGUAACGACGAAUACAGAUUACGAAUGCGCUCACCAACAAUGGGUGAAAGUAUGUGUGAGUCUGUUCGGAAAAUAUGUUGUGCGAAUGUGAUUGAAUCUUAAUUAAACGAUUCCGCAUAAGGAAGAAAACAAAACUUAAGCUAGAUAAAGAAAAGUGUAACUAUUUGCUAGUGGAACACAUUUUAGUAGCAACACCUAAGACAAAAGUUGGUUCGAAAAAAGAACUGCAGUGUCGUUUUAAAAGGAAAGAGAAACUUUGAAAAAACUAUCAUAACAAGGAACCUACAUUGUUCAGAAAAAAGAAGAUAAGGCUGUUAAAUGCGCGCAUAUCGACUGCACCAACUAAUCAAAUCAUAAAAUUACGGCUACUGCUUGUUACGCGAGCGAAUCAAACAAGAACUAAAACAAUGAUCGUUAGUUUCCUGCACAAUUAGUCAUGGUUGCACUUGCUUAGAACCAUAAAUGUAAAAUUCCGAUUAUUUCAUAACUGCCGCCGCUGUUCCUGCUUUUUAUGACUUUGAUCUAUAGCGGAUUGCAUUUGGCUCUCUAGUUAUGGUACGUAGAAGCAUCAAGUAAUAAUCAUUUCAGUGAGUCCUUUCAAUCAGGCAUUAAUCUCGUCGUUUUUUGAUCUCAUACUUUCAUUCAGUAACGAGUUUUCACGAGAAGCGAUUUGCAUGUGCAUUUGAAAAUUGAUCUUUGUUGUUGGUGGUGAAAACGCGCUCAUUUCGAUUAAGUUUAGUUCCAAUAUCAUUGCAUUAGGAAGCCCACAACAAGAAAAAACGCAUUAGAUACUAUGUAACGUAACGAAUACAAAGAACAUGUUGUGAGAAUACAUUUUAGGGAAUCUUGAUAACUUGGAUUAGAGAAAGAAAUGCUUUUAACUGUAGAUGAGAGAUAAAAUGGCUGAAAUAUAAGGUUCCGAAGCACCAUCGCAAAUGUUUUGAUUGUAGGGGGUUGCGAUACUGAGGACUGUGCGCUGCUGCAGAUCGGAAAAACGGGAUAUAUUCAAGAUUGUGUGUACAUUUCUUAGGAAGUGUUUUCCCAAUCUGAAGAAAGCAUUCAAUGUAGUUUUUCUUGUUUUACUGAAAUGAUUUGGUUAAUCAGUCAUAAACUUCAUAAAUAUUCCUGCGGUCAUAAUAAGACUAAGCCAUUUUUGUUUCGAAUUUCCGGCUGCAAACGGCUCAGUUAUAACCAUCGGUGAACGCAAUAGAAAAUUGGUAGAGUUGUGUUCUUAGGUAAAUUCAGUUCGUGUUCAAACGCUUAUAUUUAUUCCUUCAAGUAAGCCGUGCAGGGUAGUCGAUUAAUUAAGGCAUCAGAAAUUACUACCACACUUGCCCCAAUUCGAGUCCUAUUGACAUACUUUGAGUUGAGUAAGCGAACCAACAGUUAUAUCGAUUAAAUUCGACAAGUUCCUUUAACGAGAAUACGAUGAAAAUGUUAAUGUGGCACCACGCUUUCUCGUAGCGUUUGUGGAUUUUCCUAAAUACUACCAACCUCUCCUAAAACUAUUCGUCGGAAUUAAACUUUCCGUUUAAAUAAUUAAGUAUCACAAUCAUUUGGUAGUUAAACUCUAACAUUUUUUACUAUAGACUAGCGCUCUAUUACUCUAUAGUAUUUUGGUCGAUUCCAUGACUCCGCGAUCAAGUCUCACUGAAAAAUUAACUAAAAGCCACCUCCGAUUGCCGUGAACCGAUCCUCAUCAACUACUUAGUUAUGAAAGUCGCGGGUUAUUCACCGGUCUCGAUACAUUAUAAGUGCGACGGGAAUCAUCACGCGCUUUGAUAAUAUCAGAUAUUUUCAACGAGGGGAUUGACUGUCCCUUUUUGCUCAACGAAAUUAAUAUUAAUGUGCGAUGCAAAAUUUUUCUUCGUUUUUCCUAUGCGAAAAACUUCUCCGCGACGUCGAUGAUCUCCUCGCGCGACCAAUUUUUUUUCCUUCGAUGUACUAUACUUCAGAUAGUUUGAAAGAAAUAAAUUGAGCGAAUGAAGCGAAUGGGGAAGCAAUUAGAGCCCUAAAUUGUCAUGGUUCAAAUGCCACACCAAUUCUUACUACAUGGAAUGAAAAGUCCCGGGCCUAACAAAGAAAAAUGUGGUUUUCUGCCGUGAAAACUGUUUUAUUCUUCAGUAUAAUCACCAGUGGCGUCUCGUCCUCAUGUGCACCUCGUGCACUGCACAACCGGUCGAAUUGAAGGAAUGAACUGCGUCCCCAACCUUUCAGGUUUGAUCGCGCCGAAAUUGCGUGUAUUUACACGCAUCUCAUAUACAUCAGACAUAAAAUUUCAAGUAUCUGUUGUCGCUGUGUUAGUCUUUUCCGUGCACAUGAGCUACUGCACAGAUUCAAGAAGAGAAAGAAUUACUCAGCUCAGCUCUGAGUUUUGUUUGUUUAAUAAAAAAUCCCAUCCGAAAGUAACACAUGGAUGAAUAAGUCCCGAGACUAACAAUGGAAACAACUUUUUUUUUGCAAAAUUUUUUUUUAUUCAUUAACACAAUAACCUUUUAGGGUGAUACAAUGGUUCCAACGUUUUUUACCUUUUUUUUAUAUAUAUAAAAAAUAGGUAUAGAAUUCGCUCAAAUUUUCCGAGGCCCGGAGGGCCGAAUGUCAUAUACCAAUCGAUUCAGCUCGACGAACUGAGCAAAUGUCUGUCUGUGUGUGUGUCUGUAUGUGUGUUGUCAACUAAGAGGUCGAGAUCUCAGAGAUGGCUAGACCGAUUUUGAUCAAACUAGUCGCAAAUGAAAGGUCUCCCCGUCACCCAAAACGCUAUUGAAUGGUUUUGAGAUAGGAUGUUUACUUUUUGGGUUAUACGGAGUUUUAUGACAAAAUUUUCAGUUUUUUGACAGUAUCUGUCACAAUUGACCUUGAAAACAGAAUAUGUUUUUAGACUUAGAUUCCGCACGGUAAUAGCUAUCCAACAAGCCAUAGUUUGUUAAAAUCCGUCCAUUUUUAACGGAGAUAUCAAUAUUUUUGUGUAAACGACUUUUCCCCUUAUUACAGCAGUAGAAGUUUUAAGCACUGUAUGACAAAAAAAUGCUUGGGAGCAACGGAAAACACGAUUUUUAUACUGUGACAUACAAUUAUUUCUAAGUACCAAAAAGACUGUGUACAGCAUCCUUUUUCAUGACAAUUUGCCUUGGACCGAUUUUAGCACGGUUCGUUUUUGGCAACAUAAUCGUUCGAAUAUGGCAUUUAUAAACCAGAUGAUAUCAGCAUUUUCGAGUUGAAAGUAAUUCCAUAAUUAUAUUGAUUUAAACUACUUACAGCAAUAAAAGCUGGAAGAACAUAACUACCAUAUACCAUACGACUCAGUUCGUCGAGAUCAGCAAAUGCGUGUGUGACAAAUAAUUUCACUCAAUUUUUUCGGAGAUGGCUAAACCGUUUUCUACAAACUCAGAUUCAUAUGAAAACUAGUAUACUUCCAAAUUUCGAUCCGACUUCUGAUUUCGGAACCACAGGAUGACAUGUGAAACGAAAUUGAAAUAAUGCAAUUCAUUUUUCUCGUAGAUGGCUGAACCGAUCUAAGAUUCAAAUGAAAUCUAAGAAUCAUCUAUGAUACAAAUGAGAGGUCUUAAAAUCCUAUAAAAAUUAGUCAGAUCCGAUUUCUGGUUUAGGAGAUACAGGGUGAUUGUAUAAAAAUGUCCAUUUCACAUAAAUUAAUCAAGUUUAUCGGGUUUGCAAAUUUGGAUAGUCGAUUACCAAAUAAAUUUAUUUCAGUUUAAGCGGUAUUCUUUUUUGGAUUCGGAAUGUACCCCCAAAUUUCAAUUCGCACUACAAUUUCUCAAAGAUGUCUACACACUCCUCAGGUGAAUUUAUCUGAUUUCGGCUACACCGAUCUUAGAACUCCGGAUCCAGUUUCGAAUCGUUUCUCAAAGUUUAAUCAUUUUUUCAAAAAGGUCAAAUCGAACUUCAAAAACAAAAAUUCAAAUUAAAGGACUUAAGGUCCCAUACAAAAUUGGUGAGUUUUAUCCGAUUCUGGAAUUACAGAUGAUGAAUUUUUAAAAUUCAUACCGAUAUAGAAGAUGUAAAUUGUUUGGUGUAUUAAUUUAUGGCCAUUCGAAUCAUUUUGGGUUAUGCUAGUUCCUGAAUACCAACUCUGGAAGUACCAUAAAUAAUGACGAAAAACUUUAAAGUGGAACUUACUUCGACAUCUCAUGGAAUGUUCAAUCGAAUGUCACACGUUAAGAUUGAAAUUCGAUACGAUUUGCAGAUUCGAAAUUACAGGGUAAUGAGUGAUUAAAAUCUCAAUUUGCCGUUUGAAACGACGAUAAUUAAAAUAAUGUCAUGAGAACUAAAACACCUAAGAAUAUCCAUGCAAAAAAACACAUGCGGAUUGAUAAAAAAAGGUAUCAUCUCACUGCUAGGUGGAUUAAUCACGUUUUUUUUCGAUAAACUGCUUUCUGAAUCAUCGACUCGUUGCUGUUUUUGUUCCAUCGAAAGCAAUCGCGGCACCCACUUGGAAAAAACCUUUUUCAUGCUCAAUUUUUCAUGUCGGAUAGUAAAUACACUCAUUUGUGUCGGUACGACCAUGUUUAAACUCGGCGAACCACCGACAAAUCGUUGCUUUUGAUGAACAAGAGUCCGGAUAACAUUUUUCAAUCCAUUGUUUCGCUUGCACGGUGUUUUUACCCAUUAAAAAACAAUGUUUUAUCAAAACACGAAACUCGGUUUUUUCCAUUUUUUAAACAAACUACUAAACGACUUUACUCCAACCUCGAUAACUCAGCUGUUUCUGGUCGACUUAAAAUUUUGACUCGUUUCAAGCAAAGGUUAGUACUCUAGAAAGACGUGGUUACUGGUUUACUACGAGCGCCAUCUCUGCUUUAGUCUCGGGACUUAUUGAUCCAUGUGUUAUAUCGUUAUCUCAUUGUAUUGAAAAACACAAGCGAAUCUCCAUUCCCUUCUUUUGUUUUCACUUAAAACGAACUGUUACAUCUGCUAUCAUACCACAUAAGCAGUGCACAACUAGUCAAUUUUGUCACGAGACGCCACUGAUAAUCUCCAUCUAGAGCGGUACACUUGACCCGUCGGUCCUCCAACAUUUUGAUGCUCUUUUAAAAAAAAAAAGAUUUGUCAAAGCCUUCAAAAUAGGCUUCCGUUUCUCCAAUGACCUCAGCAUUCGAAGAAGAUUUUUUUCUCUGGAGAAACCUUUCCAAGUUUGGAACUAGAUAAUAGUCGCUGGGGGCCAGAUCUGGAGAACACAGGGGAUGGUGGACCAAUCCGUACCGCACAUUAUUCAAUUUCACCGUUGCUUUCAUGCAUAAAUGCGCUGGUGCGUCUUUUUCCAUAGUUUGAUGAAAACUAGAACCCGUCUGACACGAUCGGCUGUUAUUCAAACAUUGGAUUGUCAUGAAAUUUGGUAUUGGGUCAUCUAGAGGCUUGUUCUCAACAAAAAUAUACUCGGUGCAAAACUAUUCGCGUCUUUUCUAUGAGAGGCCCGGGACAUUUUAUUCCAAGCAGUAUUCUUUCUGUUCUUUGUCGUGUAAUAAUGGACCAAUGUUUGAUCACCAAUUUCCAAUGGACGCACAAUUUGUCGCUGACAGUAGUAGCAGCACUGUUAUCCACCAUGGCGACAGUCGUACUGGAGACAAAAUUUUUGGUGCCAACAAAAACAUCCUCGCCAAGUGACCGAAAGCUGUCUUCCGCAUUUUCUAACUAAUUCUUCUCUUCUUUGGGCGUUGCUCUCGCCGAAACAGAAUCAAUAUGCGGAAAAUGGACUUGAACUUGUUUUACAUGGAAAAAUUUCAAAAAUUCUGUUCUUCUAAGAACCUGAAACCGUUUCCAAGGACCUAUUCAAUAUUUCCUACCCAUGAAAUGCAAAUUCUUACUCUUUCAAUCGUAGGCCACGCGGAUCUACAUUCAACUCGAUUCAUGGUUGUUCGCCACCAGCAUCGGUAGCUGUGAAGGGUUUGCAGGACAUCCUCAAUUAGGAAAAUGAAAAAUGAAAGCAAAUCUUAUUCACACAAUUAAUCGAUUAAUGAAAACGAUCAUCGAUGAAGGAAACGUAUCAGUUUUAUUUGAAUUCAUUCAUAUAAUAACAGUGAUUUGGACAAUAGUCUUGUAGUCCUACGUCAACAGUUCGGUUCGAGCAACUCCGUGGUGUUUUUUCACGUCCCUCUAUGAAAGAAUCUGUAAAACGUAAGGAAAAGUCGCGAUUUCUCUUUUCCUAGGUGGAGAGAUGCUCUCGUUGGGAUUGAGGGAAGGCAAUGGUUCGCUAUUCCCACCUUUGUACAUUGAUUCGGUUUCGCUGUUGUUGUUGGGAAUCUCAUCAUGAGGACAUCCUGUCUUGUUUUUGCAUGCGUUGGAUUCGUUAUUACAACUGUGAGUUGUCCAUCGGCAAUGGUUUGGUUGAUGAAAGUGUUGUAUUGUUAUUUUUUUAUUUUCCGCAUUUUAAGUAGUAGCAUAAACAUAGCUUUGGUGUAGAUUUCGUCGUGUCCAGGUUUUCAAAGGGUUCAACUUUCUGACAAUAUUGACAAGUGCUAUUUAUUUAAUUAUUGUAAAAUCAACAGACACAAUGUGGGCCUAAAGAUUAAUUCAAAUACUAAGUAAGAAUUUGGCCUUUGUUUUAUGCCGUGAAAGAUUGAAGUUGAACUCAGAUGACACUCGAUUGAAUGACCGUUGUAAGGUGAUAAUCGUACCAUUUAUCCCGUAAUUGGUGCGGCGUAAAUAAAGUCGAAGAAAAGCGUUGUUGCGGAGAGCUCGAGGACGAACAUUGAUGUUGACUUCACGGAGCAAAGUGGGUCAGUCGGUCCUAUCGUUCAAAACAUCUGCUAUCAUUAACGCACGCGUUAGCUCCCGUCUUACUUGCAGUGUGUCUAAACCAAUUAGCAAUCCGAGACUUUCAUAGCUCGGUAGUUGAUGAGGAUUAGUCCAAGGUAAACGGCGAAGAGCGAAUCGAACCAAUCUACGUUGAAUCGACUCGACGGCUAGCUGACUGUUGUAGGUGACCAGUGCUUUAACUGGACAAUCUAGUUACUAGCCAAUAAUCACAUAAGAUGAUAUAAAAGCAUGCAUCUACUCUUUGAGCAUAGUCAUUUGCACUGAAAACGGGUUCCUUUGUUCACUAGCUUUAAUCAUUUCGAAAUUUUCUCAUUGAUCGCAAAACUAUGUUGCUCUUUGUUUUUGUCGUUCCGGCUGCGAUCGAUUUUUAUACCGACUGAGUCGCACGAGUCCCGGGUUGGCGGUUCAAUGCAUAGGACACUGGUCUUACAAGCCAGUUGUCAUAUGUUCGAGCCCCAACCUGGAAGCAUUCUUAGUGUCAGUAGGAUCCAUAGUACUAGCCAUGCAAUGAUUCUGUACACUAAGAAUCGACUGCGAAGUCUGUUGAAACAGAAAGGCCAAAUUCCACACUAGGAAUGUAAGGUCAAAACUAUGACUAUGAGUCGCACGAGGGUAAUUUUGCGAUGUGUUGCAUACAUUUGUCCGAUCUGCAGUAUAAAGUGUAGACCUCGUUAUGUGCAGUCCCUUCAAGAAGAAAAAUAAAACAAAACGUAAGAUCCUUCCAGCAGCAAAAAAACUACUAUCGCCAUUGAGUCUAAAUGUCGUUUACUUCCGCAAGUUAGAUGCAAUAGAACUGCUUUCCAACAAUCAGGGAAGAUGAAUUGUUCUGUAAAACGUAAACGUGCAGGAAUUAAUAAGACAACUAAUUAGAGAAGAGAACCAGUAAAACUAAGCGAAACGAACUGCCAAUAAGUAAGAGUUCUAGUGGAAAAUGAAAUACAAAAAAAAAUCAUCUUUCUCAUAGAAUCAUAAACAUUGAAACAGUCAUACUAAAUUGUGUAACCGCCAGCAUUGUCAUAGAUUUCCUCUAAAAUAAGAAUCGAACAAAGUAGAUGAAAAUCAAUGCGUAAUGUAGUAAACAAUGACACUUCUUUUUGCACAUCUACAACCAAACAAGUGAGAAGAAUGCAUCAACUCUACAUCUACUAUCGCCAUAGACACUGUAACCAGCCGUACACACACACACACACACUAGACUAUUUGUAGCUGUAUUACCAUUUGUAUACAAUCAACUUUUUAUAACGUAUUGAAUAGAGCAAUUCCUCACGAAAAUGUGAGCCGAUUCCAAAAUUCUUCUUUCAGUUGAUUUUCUACACCAGGCCGGGAUUUAACGCUAUCUAUAGAUACAAUUAUGUGAGCAAACUUUCUGAUAGUCCUACAAAGAUAGAUAUUUUUACUCUGAUAGAAGAAAUCACAUGAAAAUAAACAACAUACAAAACUAUAGGAGACGAAGCUAUUUACGUAAGAAGACAGAUAGGUCACUUCCUUUCGAAAUGUGUAAAGCUAGUUAACAUUGGUGAUAUUGCUGCUGCUUUGAUAAUCUAAUUGUUAGCAUUUUUUGCACCUAUCUGUCGAUUGCAAUUUUGUAUUCUCACUGGAUUUUUGAAUAAGUUUAUUUUUUGCACACUGUUCAACCUAAAUUGAUUACUACCAAAAGCCUAUGCCUCGUGGUAUAGCGUAGGUCGAAAUUAUUACUCCGUACACAAUGGACUAGUCUUAAGUUUCUGUAUAAAAUUAUUGCUCUUUUGAUUGCAUUCUACCGAGACAUAAACCAAUCGAUAUGACAAACGAUAAACGAAAUUGUGAACAAGAGCAUAACAAAUGGACUGUAUUACUUGUAAAGGUAAACUAAUAAACAAGCAGAUAUUUGUAAAUAAUACGCCAAACACAACGGAUAAUAACCCACUGCAGUGGCAUACGAAUAAGUUAGCUUCCAUGAGUUCUUUGAAGGCACUAGCUGUUUUCGUUUCGAUUCACGAGCGCUCCUACUUUCUGUAUAAUCUUCACGGAUUCAAAAUUCAAAUCAAAACCAGUUUCUAGAGCAAAAAACAAAACAAUACUCAGCGAUUGCUAAUGGGUUUGGCAGAGCUAAACGUUCCACUCGUAUCUCCCCAAAGAUCGCCCCAAUCACUCCAAUGAUAGUGACAGUUAAAAUGUGUAGCAAAUAUAUGCAAGCGUUCCUUGUAUAUAGAGACGCGGUGGAAUGGUAACCAUUGGAAAUGAAAUCCCUAACGUAGACCUCAAUUGGAAAUAAGUAACAAAAUCUAAAAUAGUGAAGUAUGCAGAAUAGUGAAAAAAAAUGAACACAGCACACGAAUAAUACUUAUACGUUGUUGCGUAUGGACGAGAUCAUUAUAAGAUAGCAAUGAUGCAAGUGAAAUUAUACUAUAAGCAAAAAAACAAACAGAAGCAUGUAUAGAGAAAAAUAUAUGUCGGAUGAAACAAUGAAGAAAAAAGCCGUUGAAAAUAGUA